GACUGCCGAUGGACAUGAACCAUGGUGCGCUCACUCUCUUCGUGACCACAUGCCCUCCUCUACAUAAACAGACCCAAGCUAGCUCUUCCCUCUCGCUAACAACACUUGUCCCAGUGACCGAGUCGUCCUUCUUCUUAAACCUUGUUGCAGGCAAAGCUGGCUGAGCUCCACCAGAAGCUAGCCAUGGUAAGCGUGGUGACCGCAGGGCUCACCCUCGUCGGGGGCGCCAUUGGGGCCUACUUCUUCUGGCCCGCGGCGGCUGGGGUGGCCGCGGCGGGCGCCGCCAUGAAGGCGCCCGGAGCAGCCGGAUUUCUCAUCUCCCGUGCGGCGUUCCUGGCGAACCCACAGUUAUAUUUCCAGAUCCUCCGCAACGCCGGCGCCGCGGCAGCUGCCGCAGCUUUCGCGCUGUAGCGAGUACGUACGUCUGCAUGAGUGUCGUUCCUGUGUUCGCCGCGUUGCAUACAACGCUAAUAAUGGAUCUAUCAAUAUUAUCUAGUUUUUGAGAGUGUUUAAGAAGUGUGGAUCUAAGUAAUGUAACUAUCUAGUACUAUCUGUUUAGUGUCACGGUACUCGUGUUUGUCCUGUUGUUGAGUACAUCUAAGUAUGCUAAUUAAUCUGUUCAAGAACCUUCUGCUUACUAGAUUAGUGUUACACCUAUGCUUGUUUGCCAUGAUUCAGCCACCAAUUCUUUAUAUAUUUGAGUGACUAGCUGAA